AUGUUUCUCCAUUUCGUAUUUUUUCAUUUUUUAUUUCUUUUUCAACUCAAAACAUCUACCCAAACUGUAAUCCUCAAUGAAAAUCGAACAAUUCUAUUCGGCGACAUUCUUGAGCCAAUGUUUUUGGUGAACUGGAAUGGAACACUAUCGGAGAGCCAAAUUGUGCAAUUAUAUCAUGAAUGGGAACAAAAUACAACCACUAAAAUCGGCAGCUCAUCAAAUCCCGAAGAUUAUCGAAAAGCGAUGCCUUGUUUUCCGGGUCCAUCGAUAUUUUCAACAAGCAUUUCGGAUGGUCUUCCAAGAAUUCCGAGUUGUCAAGUUUUUGUCAAUUAUUCAAUGUCGAUUCUUGAAGAAACUCAAGAUUUUCUGGCGUUGAAUUCGAAAGGUCAGAAUUCCACGACGAUUCAAAAUAUUACCAGUUCUUUGAAAAAUCGAAUUGAAGGUUUGAAAGAAUAUAUUCCAGAUGGAGCUACAAAAUAUCAAUUGAAUGUGGGUUACUAAAUAGGAAAUUAUUUAAAUUCAUUGAGAUUUUUAGAACUUCCUCGGAAAAUUGGAGAACACAAAUAUUUCACAAAAACUUCAAGAUUCUUCUAAUUUCAAUAUUUCCUCAAUUAUUCCUUGCAUCAAAUCAUCCUUGAGUAUCUCAAUGUUAAAAAAUCUGAACGAAACACAAACCAUCUCCCAAUUUCUAUGCUCUUACAUGAAAAUCUGCUCAUAUUCUGACCUACAAUCAAAUUCUUGCUUCGGAAAAUUGAAUAUAACAGAGGAACAGUAUAUCAAUUAUGGAUCUCAAACUAUUUCGAAUAUUCUCGAGGACUUUGGAAUCGAUGAUUUGUUGUCGAGAGAAAGAAGAACUAUUUCACCGGAAAUUGAGAAUUCGACUGGAAUAUUUGAGGGGGGGAGUGAGUUGGGGAAUAAUUGAGCUGACAAUUUUUGUGUUAAACAUUUCAGAUUUUGAAAAAGAAAAUUUGACAAUUCCAACUUUUGUCGAAUUUAUAAAAGACGAUGCUGAAAAUUCGACUUUUACAAAUAUUUCAGAGGAAAAUAGUUUAUUUUUUGAUUUACCAUUAGACCAAGAUAACUCUACUGAAAUAACCAAGGAUAAAGGUUGAGAAAAAAUUUUGAAUAAAAAUUUCAAAUUGCCACGUCAUGAUAAAUUAUUUCCAGAAAACCGCCCGAAUUCAUGGCCCCAGAAGAAUAUCAAAAAUGGAAUAUCAAUCAUAAAAUCCUGCCUGAAUUCAUCGAUAUUGUCAAAUCUGAAUACAUCACAAACAAUUUCCGAAAUCCUUUGCGAAAAUCUGGAAAUCUGCUCAUAUUCUGAAUUCAGCUCAAAUACUUGUUUUGGAGCAUUGAAUAUCACUGAAGAAAUAUUUGAUGAAUAUAAGAAUAUGACGAUUUCGGAAGUUUUUAAAGGCGCCGAUCUGUUUUCAAGAAAAAUGCGAGCUGAACUUGAUAAUUCUACAGAUUCUGGAAUUAUCAAGAAAUUCAGGGAUUCUAUCAAUGAAAAUUCUGGAAUCGAGGAUUUUUUGGGAGGAAUUGAGAAUUCUACUUCUGUUUUGUCAGAAAAAUCUGCAGUUUCAAAAAUUAUCGAUAAAUUUAGGGAUUCUGCAAGUAAUUUUGAAUGAGAUCCUAUUUUUUUUCAAAAAAUUUACGAUUUUCAGAAAAUCUCACGACAAACAGAACAUCUACAGGUUCUGGAACCAUCAAGAAAUUCAGGGAUCAUAUCAAGGAUAGCAUUAAUAAUGAAACUGAAGUUCCAAAUUCAGAUAUCUCUGAAAUCAAAAACUGCCUCAAUAUCUCAAUGUUAACACUGAAAAACAUCAACACAUCCCAAACAAUCAAUAACUUCCUAUGCAAAAAUCUGGAAAUUUGCUCGUUUUCCGAUUUGAAUUCGAAAAAUUCGUGCACCAAAAAUCUGAAUAUCACAGAAGAACAAUAUGAAAAAUAUGGAAAUAUGACAAUUUCUGAUAUAAUUGGGAAUUUUGGAGGAAUUGAGAAUUCUACUUCUUCUCAAAAUUCUGCAGUUUCAAAAAUAAUCGAUAAAUUUAGGGAUUCUGCAAGUAAUUUCAAAUGAACCCUAUUUUUCUCCAAAAAAUUACGAAUUUCAGAAAAUCUCACGACAAAUGCAACAUCUACAGAUUCUGCGGUUUCAAAAAUCAUCGAUCAGGUGAAGGGAAAUUUAGGAAAUUCUACUGAUUCUGCAACAUCUCUCACAACAAACACAAAUACAACAUCAAUUUCAGAUAUCAUAAGUUUUGCGAAGCAAACAUUUCUCUGA